AACUGGACAACAGAGGGGUCCACAUCCUGCAGAAAGCGGCAACGCAUGGACCUGAGGGAACCCAGCACGCAAGGGCAAUUUGGUCCUGUUACGGAACAGGAAAGGAUAUGGUUCCCCGGCAUACAGCUACGAGAGGUAGGCAGAAACCAACCCUCGCAAGGCCAAAUCAACACCAGCGACAGCAAAGGGACUGCGGUAUUACGAGGAGAUGCUUACUCUUCAUACCAUUCAGUCAUCCCUUCCCUCGCUGCGCAGAUCCUCCCCCUUCCAGCGUGCUCUGCUAGGCAGGAAGAGAUCUUUCAUCUAUGCCAGCGGCUCUGAAGAUGCAGAAUCCGGCAGUUCCCCACCGCUUGGUGGCGACAAGCACCGGCAGGAGGUUCUUGCGCAGAUCGCCAUGCUUCAGGCGCAGAAAGUGCGCAUCACAGACUUCUUGGAUGAGCGCUCUGCUUACCUGACCAAGUUCGCCAAGGAUGCCGACUCCGAGUUCGACCUGAUUGGGCAGAACGCUAUGAAAGAACUUGAUGCCGUCGGAGACCAGAUAUUGGAGAGGCUCGACAGCAAGAUGCAAGCCUUCGAGGAGACGGCAGAGGUACAAAGGCAAGAGAUAGAAAUGAACGACAAGGUGUUAGAAGACUUUGAAGAUUGGAUUGAAAAGGAGAAAAACGAGGGAAUGUUCUUCAAAAGUCUUGGGAAGGUCAAGCCUCGGAACAAGAAGGAAAUCAAGCUGAAAGCAAAGGUGGAAGCACAGAAGGUCAAAGAAAUUGCAAAAGAGAGUGCAGGGUCAAAAACUCGGAUGAACAUUUACCUUGGGCUGAUGGCAAUACUUGGGCUUACAAUUGCGAACGCCGUCUUUGCUACACCCGAGGUGGAGUGGAGGAAGGUUGCUGCUCUGGCUCUGAUUUUCAUUGGUCUGGUUGCUCAGGUCAUCUACGAGCAGGAUAUCUCACCACCGAAAGCUGAGAAGACAGAAAAAAGAGAAGAAUGAAAGAGUUGCAGACAUAACAGUAGGCUGUAAUCUUGCACAAGUAAUGUAAACUGUAUAAAGUUAGCAUGAAUGGAUACACUUUUUAUAAUCCAAGAAAUUGAUUAACA